AUCUAAAACGAUCCGCCGAGUCUAUCCAAAUGUUGUCCGUAGUGUAGGCACUUUAACCAUGGCCAGUUCAGUGAGCGGAGAGAGUGGGAUGGCGAAGGAGGGUGAGGUGGUGUGCGUCACCGGAGCCAGCGGCUGCAUCGGAUCCUGGCUCGUCUGUCUCCUUCUCGACCGCGGAUACACCGUCCACGCCACCGUUCAAGAUCUGAAGGACGAGAGCGAAACGAAGCACCUAGAAGCCCUAGAAGGCGCAGAGAUCCGCCUCCGUCUCUUCCAGAUCGAUCUCCUUGACUACGACUCCAUCGUAUCCGCCGUCAAUGGCUGCGCCGGAGUCUUCCACCUCGCCUCUCCCUGCAUCGUCGAUCAAGUCCAAGAUCCAGAGAAGCAACUUCUGGACCCCGCGAUCAAGGGAACUAUAAAUGUGCUGACGGCGGCGAAGGAAGCUGUGGUGAGCCGCGUGGUAGUGACAUCGUCGAUCUCAGCUAUUACUCCGAGCCCUAAUUGGCCUGGAGAAGUCGUCAAGGCUGAGGGCUGCUGGACUGACAUUGAGUACUGCAAGCAGAAGGGAUUAUGGUAUCCACUUUCUAAAACACUAGCGGAGAAAGCGGCAAUGGAUUUUGCGAAAGAGAAGGGUUUGGAUGUGGUGGUGGUGAAUCCUGGGACGGUGAUGGGUCCUGUGAUUCCUCCCAGGCUCAAUGCAAGCAUGUUAAUGCUUGUCCGCCUUCUCCAGGGGUGCACUGAAACAUACGAGAACUUCUUUAUGGGAUCUGUGCAUUUUAAAGAUGUAGCCCUAGCACAUAUCUUGGUCUAUGAGAACAAAUCAACAACUGGAAGGCACUUGUGUGUUGAAGCUAUAUCUCAUUAUGGUGAUUUUGUGGCAAAGGUUGCUGAACUUUACCCCCAAUAUAAGGUGCCAAGGUUGCCUAAGGAUACCCAACCUGGGUUGUUGAGGACGAAGCUUGGAUCCAAGAAGCUGAUGGACUUGGGCUUACAAUUCAUUCCGAUGGAGCAAAUUAUCAAGGAAGCUGUUGAGAGUUUAAAGAGCAAGGGAUUUAUUUCUUGAAUGCAGCAAUAGGUUGUCACUAAACACCGCAAGGGCCCAUCUAACUCGGGCAAGUAGGCCCAUAAGGGGCCCUCUAACAAUUGCUUGUUUGGGGUGUGAGAGUGGCAGAUAAUAGUUUUCGCACAUGAGAAGUUUAAACUGGUUUAUGCCUUGUAAA